AUUAUGUUUAAAAAGGUGCGUACAAGCAGCUGAAUUUACAUCCGAUGGGUCCAUCAGUAUUCAAGUUUAGAAAUAUUUCGUCAUGCUCAGGAUUCAACGAAAAAGGACUCCAAAGAACUUGUGCUCCAGUAUAAGAAUGUUGGAUACUCAAACAAUGUCUCAAGCAUGGGUUCAAUGCAUUCUCCUCUUUCAUUCGACUACUUAAAAAAAGAAUUUCAGAAUGCUGAAAAUGCGUAUGAUCAAGCCAGACCAAUUUCAUGUCCAGUAUGUGCCAAAAUGAUAGUCAUGAGUUCGAUUUUAGUUCAUUUCUACUUCGACCACUCAAAAGUGUUGAAGUUAUCACUAUCCAAAUCAACACGUCAACAUAUUGUAAUCAAAGCUUCAGACAUAAGUCUUGAGACUAAAUGCAUUGCUGUGCUUUUACUUGCCGAUGGAAAAAGCUCAACAGGUAACAUACAACAAAAACCUAUCAACAAUAAGUUACACGCCUUCCUAAUGGCUGCCAAAAUGAGUACAUGGUCUCCAUUGAAUAGCAACGUAGGUGUGUUAAAGGAUAAAUGUAUUAUGGAUCAAGUACAUGAAAACCAAUCAAAACUCCCUAAUAUACGGAGUAGAUUUGAAGAAAAUGAUGUUAUUUUGUUUUGGACAUGCAAAACACAUAAUCACGAACUGAUUUGUAACGUAAAACUAUCAAGAAAAGACAAAAAACUAAGCUUCAGUUAUACAGGCGAAGCCAUUGAUAUAAGAGAAAAGCAAGACGCUAAAAAUAUUUAUCGGAAUAUAGAAUGUCUAGUUCUAAGAGGAGGAGCUGCCAACAAGUUGCUUGACAAAGAGGACCAGCUGAAUGUUUUUGUAAGAUAUUUACGAUAAAAGACAAUAAAAUAUUU